GUAAAUAUUAUAUAUACACACCAAUCUGUCUGUCUCUCCCUCUCUGCUUUCUUUCAAGAGAUGCUCAUAUUCAUCAAGAUCCAAUCACACAACCCAUUUUCAUGAACACUUAAUUAGUACUUAACCCUCUCUUAAUAUUUCUCUUAAUUAUCUCUAUCUCUAAAUUAAAUGGAGCCACAACAUCCAUCUUCACAAUCUCAUGCUGCUAGUUUUCCAAUCAUAGCGGUUGCCAUUAUUGGAAUAUUUGCAACAAUCUUUCUUUUAGUCUUUUACUAUAUUUUUGUCAUCAAAUGUUGUCUCAAUUGGCAUAGAAUAGACAUUCUCCGCCGUUUCAAUCUUUCUAGAAACACAAAUAAUACUCACCAACCUCUUUAUGUUUCCACUACUCCUGAACCCAAAGGUCUUGAUGAAUCCGUUAUUCGAUCCAUACCCGUUUUCCAUUACCAAAAAGAACCGGAUUCGGAUAACGAAUGUGCGGUUUGUUUAGCCGAGUUUCAGCAUUUUGAGAAGCUUAGAAGGAUACCAAAUUGUGGUCAUUUGUUUCAUAUUGAUUGUAUUGAUGUUUGGUUACAAAAUAACCCAAAUUGUCCUCUUUGUCGAAAUAGUAUAUCUAUACCUUCACAUUUCCCUUUAUUAGAAAAUCCACCACCACAAGUUGUGAGAAAUGAACAAGAUUAUGUUGUGAUUGAAUUAAAUAAUAAUAAUAAUAAUAAUAAUAAUAAUAAUAAUAAUAAUAAUAAUAAUAAUAAUAAUAAUAGUGAGACAAGAAAUAUCGAUGGAGACGUCGAGAGACGAAAUUUGGGUCAUGAAUCGAGAAAGAGGACAAAGAAGUUGAUGAAAAAAUAUGGUCAUAAUGUAACAAGUAUUGGAGAUGAAUGUAUUGAUGUUAAUAAUGGUAGAAGAAAGGGUAGUGAUGAACAAUUUUUAGUACAACCGAUUCGAAGAUCGUUUUCGAUGGAUUCGGCCUUGGAUCGACAACUUCUUUUGGCGGUUCAAGAAAUCGUUCAAAGGACGAACUCGAUGAAUAACAAUGUAGUUGAUGGAACGAAAGUAAAUGAUGGAUGUAGUAGCAGUAGUAGUAGUAACACUAAUAGAGUAAUUGGAAGAGGUUUCUUUUCAUUUGGGCAUGCAAGAAGUGCAAUUUUGCCACUUCAUCUAACACCAUAAAUUUAAACUA